AUGACUCAAGGAGAAACCACCAUGGACUUGCAAAAAAGGUUCACUCACAUAAUAAAUCACAUAAAAGGACUAGGAAAGAUCUUUGAUGAAGACGAGGUUAAUGUGAAAGUUCUAAAGUCACUUAAUAGGAGAUGGCAACCUACUGUGACAACCAUUAUCAAAUCCAAAAACUUAGCUAAAAUGAAAAGUGUUGAGUUAUUUGGAAACCUAAGAGAGUAUGAAAUGGAUAUGACUAGAAUGGCUGAGGAAGAGCAAAAUGACAAGAAAGUUAAAGGUCUAGCUUUGAACAUAGAAAACUCCUCAAGUCAAGAAGAAUGCAGUAGCAAGGAAGAAGAAUCUAAAAAAGAAGAGCUGAACUUAAUGGUAAGAAAAUUUUGGAGAAUUAUGAAGAAGAACUUCAAAAACAAACCAUCAAGUCAGAAGAAAUUCUUCAAGAAAAAUGACAAUUCCUCUCCAAAGUUUAAAUGUUUUGAGUGUGGGAAAGCUGGUCAAAUAAAGGCUGAUUGUCCCAACUUAAGAACGCAAGGAAAUGAGGAAAAUAAAUCUAAAUUUAGAUCCAAGAAGAAGAAAGCUUAUAUAGCUUGGGAGGAUAAUGCUUCUAUAACCUCUAGCAAUAAUGAACAAGAUUAUGAG